AAGCAAGUAAAGAAGAAUCAAUCACACACAAAGCAAUUAUCAUCACCGAUCAUCUCUCCUUUCUAUUUUCCGUCAAAAUUUCCAAAGAGAGACAGAGAGAAAGCAUUCCUCCGGGUCAAACAGAUCACGUCGAUUAAACUCCGGUGAGCAUUUUUCUUGAAUCUCGUCUGAUCGAAUCCAGAAUCCUAGGGUUUCAUCAAUCCUCAGUCUGUGUUCUCUUGUUCGUUUAGGUUCAGAUUUCGAGAAUGAGAGCUGUGAAUUGUCUAUAUAGCUCGAGCAAUCCCAGAUUCCGAGGGAUCUUCAAUGCCCUUUGUGCUCUAACCCUCUUCCUCUUCUUCUUUAACAAGAACCCUUUGCUAAAGAAUCAAUCUUUCGUUGAUGGGUCUCCUCCUCCUCCUCGUAGGAGGCACAUGAUUGAAACUUACUCUGGUGACACUACUGCGAUAUGCUCUGGUUUACACCAACACAUCGGCUACACCGACCAAUGCCAGUUCUUGAAAUCGAACCCUCUUUGUUAUCCGGACAGCUUCUUCGACUACCUCAGCUUCUUCUACUGCACGUGUCAACAUUUCAAGAUGUUGGGUUAUAUUGCAUUAGGUGUUUGGCUCGUUGCUUUGUUUUACCUCCUAGGAAACACCGCUGCUGAUUACUUUUGUCCUUCGCUUGAGAAGCUCUCUAAGCUUCUCAGGCUGCCUCCUACCGUCGCUGGCGUCACUCUGCUUCCCCUUGGUAACGGAGCUCCCGAUGUGUUCGCGAGUAUAGCUGCUUUUGUUGGUUCGGACAAAGGGGAGGUUGGUCUUAACAGCGUCCUUGGUGGAGCUGUGUUUGUGACUUGCGUUGUCGCUGGGGUUGUUUCGCUUUGUGUUGCGGAUAAAGAGGUUAAGAUCGAUAAGAAGUGUUUUAUCAGAGACUUGUGUUUCUUUCUGUUCACGCUUGUGGCUUUGUUGGUGAUUUUGACUGUGGGGAGAGUGAGCGUUGGUGUCGCCGCCGCGUUUGUUUCCAUCUAUGUGGUGUAUGCUUCUCUCGUGGCGGCGAAUGAGAUUAUCAGGAAGCAUUCGAAGAGGUUGAAGCUUGAUUCUUUCACACCUUUGCUUCCUAUUCAAGGAAGUGUGUUUUCGCCGAGUGGUGGUGAAGAGGAUGUGUACAGCCCUUUGCUAGAGUUUGACACUGAGGAAGGUCCACCCAAGCUGCACGACUCUCUACCGCAGUGGAUGUGGGCUACUAAUGUAGCCAUCUACUCCGCGAAAGCAAAUGUGCAUGAUGAUGAAAGACCUCCAUGGGGAUGGACUGAAGACGGCGGAGAAGGUGAUAUCUCCUUGUGUUCUAAGAUUACAUACUUGUUGGAGACUCCGCUUACAGUUCCUAGACGGUUAACAAUCCCAUUGAUCGAGGAAGAUAGCUGGUCUAAGACGUACGCUGUAGCUAGCGUCUCGCUAGCUCCUCUCCUUCUUGCUUUCCUCUGGUGCAGCCAAGGUGAAGCGAGUCUUCUUAUAACCUACUUUAUCGGUAUCGCGACAGGAUCCACUCUUGGCUUUCUUGCGUACAGAAACACAGAACAUGACCGUCCGCCUCAGAGAUACUUAAUCCCUUGGGUGCUUGGUGGAUUCAUCAUGAGCAUUGUAUGGUUCUACAUGAUAGCAAACGAGCUCGUUGCUCUUCUUGUGACAUUCGGUGGGAUCUACGGAAUCAACCCGUCGAUACUCGGUCUAACCGUACUCGCUUGGGGUAACUCAAUGGGUGACUUGGUCUCAAACAUAGCCUUGUCGAUGAACGGUGGAGAUGGGGUGCAGAUCGCGUUGUCAGGUUGCUACGCAGGUCCUAUGUUCAACACACUUGUUGGGCUGGGUAUGUCGAUGCUUCUUGGUGCUUGGUCCAAGAGUCCGGAGACUUACAUGAUACCUGAGGAUAAUAGCUUGUUCUACACGAUAGGGUUUCUGAUAUUAGGGUUGCUUUGGGCUCUUGUGAUGCUCCCAAGGAACGAGAUGCGACCGAACAAGGUGAUGGGGAUUGGUCUGAUCGCACUGUAUCUGAUAUUCGUCACUUUCAGACUUAGCUCUGCUAUGGGGUUCAUACCUUGGGCUGCUUAAAGAAACGCCAUUGUAACGAGCUUCGAGAUUUAAGAUUGUUAUCAGCUUAUUGUAUACAGAUCAUUUAGUUAGAGAAAGCCACACUGGUUCUGAAGACGGUCUUGUUUGUUGUAUUAUGUUGAUGUACCUGAUAAUGAACGUGAGACAUUAGAUCUUGGUCGCUGUGGUUGAUCUCGAUAGUAGAUUGGACAAACGGAUUAUGUAUUCGAAAAUAAAGAUGUGUUGGCCUUGUCUUA